GAGUGCAUCCCGCGACGUUACUCUAUUUGUCGUUUACGAUUGCGUGGGACCACCAUUUCCGGCGUAACUGAGCAAAGCAAGAGAUGACACUAUUCGCGAUCGUACUACUCGGUUUGACCAGCCUGGUCUCAGCCAAACCCACUUUUCUGUCUGUACCAUUGGUAUACGCGACACCUCUGACUGCCCUGACGUCCGAUAUGCAAGUUGAUAUCAACGGUGGACCGGAAGUUGCAGCCGCGCACAUUGACGAGAGGACAGGGUUGGCGAAUGGGAUUGACAGAUCAACCGUUGGAUCCCAAUUGCUACGAGAACGACAAUCGCUUUUUCGUGAUAAUACGCCACUGAUGUUAAUGUCUUCCGCGCCUCUUGGCACAGACGGCAGAGUCAUGGAUACGCCGGAAGUCGCGGCUGCGAAAGUGGCUCACGCGGCAGCGCAUGUCCACGAGAGAAUCAACCUGGCGAACGAGAUUGCGAGGUCCAGCGGUGGUGCACUGGAUUCGUCUGACGUCGACAGACAUCCCGACAGUAGCAUCCUGAACGCACCGAAAGUCGCGCGUGCCAACGGAAAGAUCUUCCCGAUGAACAAGGCUGCGAGAUCCGGCGAUGCUCUCCCAAGUGCCGUGAACGGUCGUGUAGUGCCAUUGGUGCUUGGCAACAAUGUCGUCGCUACUCUGGUACCCAUCAGUCCCGAUGGCAGGCCGUUGGACGUGCCGGAAGUGGCUACGCGUGGAGACCAGAAUUUGGCAAACGACGUGAAAUCUGUCGAUGCUUUAGCUGUCGCUGGAAGGGCGCUUGCUUACGGCAGAUUAGUUUACUAAGAAAGGUUUUGCUGCUUAAAGAAAAUACAGUUUAUGCUGAGAAAAAGAUACUUCAAA